AUGUCGAUUCUGUCGACAAGGACAAGGACCAAGGGAGGCCCUGCGCGCACGCGUCGGUUCCAGCAGACAGGUUGCAACGGUCAAAAUGAGCGACGCCGGGAAGGAGGACACUUCGCACCCAAGCCUAUUGCACUGCAACGUAAUGUACGGCACUGUCCAGCACGACAAAGUGCAGAACAGGACAUACAAAAUAUCUGGUCCAGUAAACCUGAUCAAGGCUGGCUGGCCACAGUGGCACUGCGUUGUCAGGCCAAGUCUUCCUCUCAGCGACAGAAAGCCCAUGCAAUUGACAAACAUCAGUCGGCAAGGGACGCGGCUUUCCGUCACGGGCAGACUGUUGAACUCGCCCGCCGUAAUGUUCGUAUGUACAGAGUACUCCAUACAGAUGGGCCAAAACGAUGUGCCAGUUCUGCUCGGCUCGGUGCCUCUCUCCGUUGCUCACUUGGUGCCUGGUGCGCAGCGGCAUCUUGGCUGGCAAAGACAAUGAUCCAAAAAGGUGACGAUGGUCCACUCGGCGCACCUCACCCUUUUCGACAGCCACCGCCUUUGUCCAGGGACCCACUGGGAUUGAACAUUGAUGUGCGACUGGCCAUAAAUGAGAACAUAAGGCGCUGGGCAGACGACCUGGCAAUCUCCACCAACUGA